AUGCCCGCCAUGAACAUGACCAAACCCUCCUCGAGCCACCAGAUCAAGUAUCUGGCCGUCGUCGCCUCAGUCGUCUUCAUCUGGCUAGUCUGGCGCCUCGACCUCCACCAAGGCGUCGCCGAGCAAGCCCGCAAGAUCGCCCAUCCGCACAUCAGCACGCCCUACGACGCCCUCAAAACGAGCGGCCUCGGCGGCCCGGGCCUCGCCAGCGGCGAGGUCCUCCCGCCCGAGAAGGCCGCCGAGUACUGCGACCACUACCGCCUCAAGCCCGCGGCCCACGACCUCGUCCGCCGCCGCAAGGUCUACGACCUCCUCCUCGUCAACACCGAGGUCGAGAUGCUCGAGCUCCGCAUGGGCCAGAUGGCCCCUUACGUCGACUACUUCGUCAUCCUCGAGUCCGACACCACCUUCACCGACCAGAAGAAGCCCCUCUACAUCAAGGAGAACUGGGACCUCUUCCGCCCCUGGCACGACAAGAUGAUCCUGCGCCAGAUGGACCUCGAGGCCCUCAAGGACGGCUCCACCUGGGACCGCGAGGCCAAGAGCCGCAACGCCAUGUACGAGCAGGUCAUCCCGGGGCUGACGGGCGAGCAGGCCGCGUCCGUCGACGACGUGCUCAUCGUCUCGGACGUCGACGAGAUCCCCAAGCCCGAGGUCCUCCGCGCGCUGCGCAACUGCGCGAUCCCGCCGCGCGUGACGAUCCACUCCAAGAUCUACUACUACUCGUACCAGUGGCUCGCGCGCAACGACUGGACGCACCCGCAGGCGACGGUGUACCGCGGCGCCGACACGGUGCUGCCGGACGACCUGCGCCGGAACGCCGACGACCACCACUUCAACCACGGCGGGUGGCACUGCAGCUACUGCUUCAGCACGGUGGAGGAGAUGGCGCAGAAGAUCAACUCGUUCUCGCACGCCGAGCUGAACAAGCCCGAGUUCAAGGACCCGGACUGGGUUGUGCAGGUCGCGCGGAGGGGUCUCGACAUCUUUGGCAGAGGCGAGUCGAAUUUCGACCGCGUGGAACACAACUACGACGUCCCGGACUACGUCAAGAAGAAUCACGAAAAGUUCAAGUUCCUCCUGGACCGCGACCCUCCUAACGGCAAUUUCAGGGACUACACGCCAAAGUAG